CUGCCUGCUGCUGUACGGAGCAGGAGCGGGGCAGGAGUGCGCGGGUUUACUAGGUGUAAUGUCGGACUCAGCACCCCCCGUUUGCGAGAAUUGUAAACCCGGCAAGGCAACAGACGAGCGAGAAGCAGCGAUAGAAAAAAUGGAUUGUCAGGCUACGUACGAUGUUGUCGCUGCUUGCAUGGAGGCUCACAGAGGGAAUGUGGCGGAUUGUCGAACGGAAUGGAACGACUUCAGAGAGUGCCAUAAAGAGUCACGGGGAAGAUCAACGGGCGACGCAUAAACUUCCGUGCAUAAUGUUCAGCUCGAUACGGCUCGAUCGAGAUAUAUCUACCAGCGGAAGCGGAGAGGUUGAAUGUUGAAUCCAGUUAACUGCACUCGGACUACCGUGGAGCCAUCAGAUCUACUAGACCAGCUCCUUGUGGCCUGCUACUAGACCAGCUCCUUGUGGCCUGCAGGCUGGCCAGUGUUUCAGCUGUUACUUUUGCUGUUGCAUCUCUGGUGUACGGCGUUUUUGAGCGCACUGCCUGUAAGUGCUUUGGGCCUUGUCGCUUUCUCCGUGGAAACGUGGGCACUGGCAACGCCAUCGUGCAUGCAUAUGCGUUGUUCUAUGUACGUCGAAAGCUCUUCCCUCUGAUUCAUUGCAUCUGGGGG